UCUCUCUCUCUCUCUCUCUCUCUCUCUCGUCGAGCGAGAUCUGGUCUUCGUCGCCGUCUCUCUUUCUUCGGGGAUUUUGGCGGGAAAAUGUCGGGGAAAGGAGCGAAAGGGCUGAUUACGGGAAAACCCAGCGGGAACGACAAGGACAAGGACAAGAAGAAGCCCAUCACUCGCUCUUCUCGUGCUGGUCUCCAGUUUCCGGUGGGUAGGGUUCAUCGGCUGCUGAAGACAAGGUCCACUGCCCAUGGACGCGUCGGAGCAACGGCGGCCGUGUACACGGCGGCCAUACUGGAGUACCUCACGGCAGAAGUGCUGGAACUGGCGGGAAACGCGAGCAAGGACUUGAAGGUGAAACGGAUAACGCCGAGGCACUUGCAGCUGGCCAUCCGUGGCGACGAAGAGCUCGAUACCCUCAUCAAGGGAACCAUAGCUGGAGGAGGAGUUAUCCCUCACAUUCACAAGUCCCUUAUCAACAAAUCCGUCAAGGAGUAAGCUUUUGAAUCUUGUUCAUAAAAAGCUCUUGCCAUGGAUUUUGCCUGUUUUCCAAAUCACUGGAUGGUGGUGUCAGAGACAGAGAUCUGUUUAAUGCUAAUGCUUUUUGAUAAUACCUGAA